AUGAGCAGCGAUAUUUCAAAAGAUACAGACCAUUUCAUUCACGAUUCGGGCGCUGAUGAACAUUCCUUGGUUGCAAGCCAAGAAGCGGCCACUUCCGAAAUAAGGAAGAUGAGCAUUGAAGAAUGUAAUCCAGACACAAGCAAUCAUCUGCAACAUGAAAGGACAGAGAACCAUUUAGAUGAUUGCCUCACUUCAAACUUUGCUCUCAAUCAUGAACCACAUGAAGAAACUAUUUAUUCCGCUCCAUCACAAUUCUUUCUAGUUCUGAAAGAAGAUGCCUAUAAUUGCUCCUCAGACUCUGCCAAUUCGUCAACCACAGCUUCUCCAAUGCCAUUUUAUGUGAAUCCGUCACUGUUUUCUAACCCUAUUCCUUUUCAGCAAGAACACAUUAUUUCCAGUCAAAGCCAUCCUUCUGUAAUUAAUCAGUCCUUUGAGGAUGAAGAAGUCAUAAUCCCUCCUUUGAAAAUACCUGUUAAUGCCUCAUCUCUCCAGUUAGAUGUACAACACUCAGUUCAUUCAAUUUCGCAGACCGAAAGAGAAGAAUUGGAUGCUUAUUCGGAUGAAUAUGAUGACGCAGAAGUAGCUCAGUAUUUGGACAUGGUAGAGGUUUUGACAGAAUACACGGAUUGUGACGAAACUCUUUCCAACCUGAACUCAAGCUCGUCUUCAAUUUCAUCCAUUCGAUCUGUUUCUUCGGCACCAAAACAUCCUUCGUCACCACCCUCUCUUAACUCCAGUACUGCCGACAGCAAACACGCAGAACAUGCACUCAAAAAACUGUAUCCAAAACGGUCAUCUGAAUCAUAUAUUGCCAAGAAAAAACCAUCCUCGAGCAAUUCCACUCGUCCUCCCUUCCUUCCAUCAUCUACAUUCACCAAACCAGAACACUAUGUCUCUCAAUAUGCAGUCAUUGAGAAACCUGUUAUUAAGAAAACCAAACCUAGUGUUAAUACUACUAUAUCAACUAAGCAAAAUGUGAUUGUAAAAGAGAAAAAGCAGACCAAAAUAGGAGAUACGGGAAGCGGUGAAGAAAAUGAAAAUAUUAGGAAGGUGAAUAAGAAAACUGUCACUAAUAGCUCAAAAACUGGUUCCACAAAUUCCCUUUCUAGCAAUCCCGUUACCAACACCCCGUCUAUUCCCAAUGCUACACAUACAUUUCUAAAGCGUAAAAGUAUAUCGUUUGUGAUCCCUUCAAGCUCUCCCUCCACUGCAGGAACGUCAAAACCUCCAACAAAGCCACCAACAGAAAGACUGACUUCUUCUAGAAAAAGCAAAGUCUCAGACCCAUCCAAGCCAUCUUCGAAACAAAUGGGAUUAGAAGAACCUAAAACUUCUCGAACAGCCACACAAACACCCGUCAUCAAUCCUCCAAUCAGCUCUUUCAUAGCCGAGUAUCAAGGAAGAAAAAAGAAAGUUGAAUUUGUUGCUGGAACAUCGUCCAUUACGACACUUCAUGCCAUCUCCAGGAAAAUUAAGGACAAGUUUCAAAUUAAUCGAAAAGAAAAAAUUCUUCUCAUGUAUUUUGACCGAGAGUACAAACAAUGGUUAGAUGUGGACACGAUUAAAGAUUUGAAAGGAGCUAAAGUGAGAGUACAAAUAGUGACCAAACCUGAUUCACCAACAAGUAAGCCAUCAAACACCUCGGAAUCGCCUGCUGACACGCCUUUGUCUCCGUUUGGCGAAUCUUUCGAAUUGUCUAAAGGCUGGAUUGUCAUGAAGUCAUUGGGACUGGGUUCUUUUGGAAAAGUGAUUCUUGUGUACGAUUCGAUACAUAACGAAAUGAUUGCCGUAAAGAAAAUACUUUACUCGCCAGAAACAAACAUAAAACAAAAAAUAGAGAGAGAAACUUCCAUUAUGAAGACUUUAAGGCAUGAGAAUAUUGUUCAAUUUAAGGGCGUAGAGUUCUCUUCAGAGUGGGUAUACAUCAUGAUGGAGUUUUUGAGUGGUGGCUCGGUAAAACAAAUUUUGAAAAGAAUGGGAAGAGGCUUGACAGAAGGAGUCAUACAAUUGUACUUGAAACAAAUUCUCAGCGCUUUAAAGUAUCUCCAUGAAGAGCGAGAUGAACCUAUCUUUCACAGAGACUUAAAAUGUGACAACAUAUUGCUAAAGAAUGCAGAGUUGAUUAAGCUGUGCGACUUUGGUGAAUCCAAGCUAAUUUGUAAAAAGAGCCAUUUAGACAAGUCAAAACAAUCUGGAUCAUUAACACUCUCAAAAACCAAAGGAGCUCUUACAGGUACAAUUCCGUUUUUAUGUAUUGAGCAACUCAAAGGCGAAAUUAAUUUCAAAAGAUCUCACGCUCCUGACAUUUGGAGUGUGGGUAUGACAAUACUUGAGAUGCUUUUGGGAAAGAACAUUUGGUUUCUAUCAUAUCCUCCGAACUUAACAACAGAAUAUCAGUACGUGGAGUUCAUGAUCAAUAACGUGCAUUUGAUAUAUGACAACAUUCCUUCCUUCAUUUCGGCAGAGUUGCGCGAUUUGAUUUUACAUUGUCUUGAUUUAAAUCCUGAAAAAAGGCCCAAAGCUAGCGAGCUGUUGUCACAUUCAUUCUUCUCUAUUGACUUCUCCGAGAGUAUCAAGAACGACAUGUGUGACAUUUACAAACAAAUUGAUUCCAUUAGAGAGGAAUAUCAUCGAUUACAUCUUGCCAAGCUCCCAACCUAUAAAUCCCUCACUAAGGAUGCACCUGACUCGUUGAACUCCAUGUCUCUCUCAAAGUCUUUCUUUGAAUAA